UUUGCAUUCUUUUGCUUCUACCUUCUGCUUGCUGUGAUUGCUGGUGCAAUGAUGCUUGGUCUCAAAUUAGUUUUCAUUACAAUUCACCCUAUGAAGUGGGGAGCUACUUUAAUGAACUCUUUUCUGUUCAAUGUGGGACUUAUUCUUUUGUGCUCAAUAAGUGUCAUACAAUUCUGUUCCACCGCAUAUGCGUACUAUGCUCAAGCAACCGCUGCCCAGGAAAUAUUCGGCCACACAUUGGAGUCUCUUCGUGGGAUUAAAUAUUUGUAUAAGUAUAACGUAUUUCAAAUCGCAUUCAUUGUUUUAGCAGCAUUGACCUGCGUGUAUUAUAUUGCCUUUGGAUGGAGAAGGAAAAAAACCUAGCGGCAAGUUCCAACUUUCCUCUUAAGAAUGCUUUCCCUAGAAGACAAUGCAGCAGGCUCUCG